UUCCAAGGGUCCACCGCGGACGUGUAUAAAUGGAGUGCCGACUGCACCUUGUGGUCACCUCCUCAGAAUGUUCCGCAGCCAGCUUUCGUCCCGCUCACCAAGAUGAAGUUCUCCCAUCUCCUAGCAGGGGCCUUCCAGCUGGCUGCCCUGGUCAGCGCUGUCCCGAACAACGCGGGAGGCAACCCUGAAGUCGUUGCAGCCCAAAAGAUUAAACAGCUGCAGAAACAGUACCAGCAAUAUAUCUGGCAGACGAUCAAGGGCCGCACGACAGGCUGCACCAAGAACAACAUUCUCAAGCGCAAAGAAUGGACGGCGCUCUCCCAGUCCGAGCGAGCCUCGUACAUCGCAGCCGUGCACUGCCUGGCGAACGCCACGGGGACGACACCAACCUCGCAGGUGCCCGGGGCGCGCACGCGGUACGACGACUUUGUCGGGGCGCACAUGCUGCAGACGGGCUUCGUGCACGGGUCGGGCCUGUUCCUGGUCUUCCACCGGUACUUUGUGCACCUGUACGAGCGGGCGCUGCGCGACGAGUGCGGCUACACGGGCGCUCAGCCCUACUGGGACUGGUCGCUGCACUACGACGACCCGCGCCGCCACCCGGUCUUUGACGGCUCGCCCACCUCCAUGGGCUCCAACGGCAUCUACGUGCCCAACCGCCCCACACUGACCCUGGCCCUGCCCAACGGCAUCACCUACUACUUCCCGCCGGCCACGGGCGGGGGUUGCAUUGAGAGCGGGCCGUUCACGGCGGACAAGUACGAGAUCCACCUGGGCCCCGUGCAGGAACUUGUGCCGGGCAUGGUGGGGCCCGACGGCGGCUUUGGGUACAACCCGCGGUGCCUGACGCGGGAUUUGAGUCUGGUCGAGGCGGCCCACGGCAGGCCGACCAACGUCUCAGCGCUGCUGGCGUGUCCGGACCUGGCGUGUGUCAACGUCCAGUUUGACGUGCCCGGCGGCGUGCAUAAUGCGGGCCAUUUCCAGCUGGGUGGCAUCGAGCUGGACCCGUUUGCCAGCCCGAGCGACCCCAUGUUCUGGCUGCACCACGCCCAGAUUGACCGCCUCUGGAGCAUCUGGCAGGCCAUGGACCCUCAGGGGAGGCUUAAUCAGGUCUGGGGGACAGGCACGGCAUCAAAUAUGCCCCCAAGCGACCCCGUCACGCUGGAUACGCCGGUCAAUUUUGGUGUUCUUAGUCCAUCACUGCGGAUUCGUGACCUUGUGUCGAGCAUUGAUGGUGACCUGUGCUACAUUUAUGAAUGAGCUUGAUUGGUGUCCUCGAGGUAGUCGUUCUGCAGUGGGCAAGAUACCUUGGAAACAUUUGGUUAUCGCCUCUAAUUUUGAUAUAUAAUCCUACUCAGGUGCUCUUAGAAAUGGUUACAAACAGAU